GCCUGGUUGUUGAAGAAGAAAAGUGAUGUUUUCUGCCAUCUUUUUUUUGCCAUCUUUUUUUUUCUGUCAGCUUUUUUUCUGCCAUCUUUUUUUGUUGACGUGUCCCYSGCUCACCGAUCACCCACGGGUCUCCCACCGGCACCCCGAUUUUCACAACUACACAAUCAACUGCCUCCAAAACAGUCAAAUAACUUACCCACUAAACUUCACAAUAGAGUCGCAACKUUAAUAGUUSUUCUGACUUGUUUAGCUGUUUCUAAAUUUAACUUUUGCCAUCUUAAACUCAAAAAUAGACUUCCCUUACUCCUUUCAGUAAAUUCUAUUCUCCUGCUUCUUCUUUGA